GUGGAGGAAACCAGGUUUCAUUAUUCAAUGAUUUUAUUCAACCAGUACCAUGAGGAUCAUUCAGCUUCACAUCUAUGUAUUAAUCUGUUGUCGAGCUGCAGUCUCAGAUCAACUCACUGAUCUGGGAUCAAAUGUGACCAUAAACUGUGAUCUUGAUGAAAAUGAGGUUUAUUGGAUUUUACUGAAAACACCAGAUCCGCCAACAGUGAUUCUACGGUCAACCUCAAAUCCAACAGCGCCUUUUUACUCAAAUAAAACAUUCAGAAAGAAAUAUUCACUGCAAUUUAAUCAUCAUCUGGUUAUUAAUAAUGUGACCGCUGAUGAAUUAGGAGUUUAUUAUUGUAUGAACACACGCACUCCUCCAAAACUCAGCAACAGCACCAGACUGCACUUCACCGAAUCAACUCAAAUAACUGAGUGUCACAACCAUACAGCCAUGGAGUUUAUUGAUCAGAAUCAGAUUGAUAAGAAUCAGAAACAAUAUCAGAUUAUUAUCAUCAUAUCUGGACUGAUGAAUGGGCUUCUGCUCAUUGUACUGAUCGUUUUUGCUACUGGAAAAACAGAGAAGUUGGACAAACACAUUCAUACUGAUCUGCAGACACAAGUUACAUAUCAGUUUCAAGACCCAGACCAUUUCACCAAAGUGGAAAAUAUUCAGCAAGCAAACAACAUCUGUCUUUGACUAAUUAACAUGUUCUUAAAAUAUCAAGCUUAAGUAAAAAAUAAAAUAUUUUAUGGUGUAAUAUAUGGGCACAUACUGUAAAUCUUGGCAACAAAAAUAUUGAAAAUGUUAUUAAAAAUUGUCUGUUAUCAACCUUCAGUUAAUAUAUUCAUAUCGAUGUGCAAUUCUUUAUCUUUUUCAGUCAGGAUUUGCAUAU